CAUCCUGGUGGCAGAUAUGAUUGAGAGUCAUGGGAGGAUCCCACCAAUCAAUGUCCGUGUGACCUAUGCCCUUGGAAUAGUCACCCUUUUCCCCAAUUUGAAGGAUAAGGCCUCACCAACUGGAUACGAACAUUACUAUGAUCCUCACAGUGGGCAAGGUUACUUGGCCUACAGGUUGAAAACAGUUCAGCGCAAUACCACAAGUGAUUUCAAGAGGAGCCCCAAGUCUGCUGAUCAACAUGGCCCCAAGACCCUGCGUGAGACAUCUACAUCUGAGCAGCUGUCAGGUGAUGAAUGCAGAGAAGCGAUGUCUGUGAUGAAGCAUUCAGCAGACCAACCAGUUGUAAGGGAGAAAAUGAAGGCAACCUUCAAGCACCGUCAGAGUAUGCUACACGAUCCAGACCAGUCUUCAGUCAUCCUAGAUCACUUCCCCCGAUUCUUGGAUACACCAGGCUUGAUUAACCAAGACUUCACAAUGCUAUUUGGACAAGACGUCUCGGGCAAGUUUAUCGCAAAAUGGCCAACGUUCUACAAACCUAGGAUUAUCACUUUCUGCAAAAGCCUUCGCCCUGGGAAAAGACAUGGGAAGAUCAGUGCCACUGAAGCUACUGACCAUGUGGUCAAGUUCAUGAAGGUGGGGACAAGCAUGGUGACAUUCCUUGACAGAGUUGGAUCAGCACAGCCCUUCCUCCUCUGUGUUGGAGAAAAGAAGAGUAGUAUCCAGAAGUUCUACGUCAUCCUCGACCAGAAGGCCAUCCCCUGUGUGGCACCGACCGCUGUGGCUGCCUUCGACGAACUGUUUAAGGCCCACUUCGUCUUUGCUGUAUCCUACGAUGAGGCCUUGUGCAACUUCUACACCUUCAUUCAGACUACUGUGUAUGGGAUUGAUGUCGGCACUACAAAAGAGAGUCCGCGGGUCAAGGAAAUCCGGGCAAAAGUUGAUCAUACGGAGGUUUAAAAAUGUUUACCUGCUAUGUCUGCAAGGUACAG